AUGUUAAUUUCUAUCUCAUCCUGUUCAUAUCUAUCUAUCUAUCUAAAAUUUAUUCAUAUCUAUGUUAAUUUCUCUCAUCCUGUUCAUCUCAAUCUAUCUAUCUAUCUUAAAUUUAUUCAUAUCUAUGUUAAUUUCUAUCUCAUCCUGUUCAUAUCUAUCUAUCUAUCUAUCUAUCUAUCUCAGCCUUCUGGUCAUAUCUAUCUAUCUAUCUAUCUAUCUAUCUAUCUAUCUAUCUAUCUAUCUAUCUAUCUAUCUAUCCUCUGUCUGUGUUUUGCAGCAGGAAAAUAUCUACAUUAUAUGGUGGAAAAUGUUAUCUACCUGUGUCUAUUGAUUUAUUUCAUUCUGCUUUUAUCUAUCUAUCUAUCUCAGCCUGUUAAUCUAUCUAUCUAUCUAUCUAUCUAUCUAAGGCUGUUCAUUAUCUAUCUAUCUAAGUCUGUUCAUUAUUUAUCGCUUUCUCUCUCUCUCUCUCUCUUUAUUUAUCUAUUUAAGUCUGUUCAUUAUCUGUCUAUCUAUUUAUCUCAAUUCAUAUGUAUGUAUUUUAUUUUUUUUAAUUUUAGGUAA